AUGGUAUUUAAAGACGUCACAGAGGAACAAUGUCAAUCCAAUCCAUAUGCAAGAUUAGUUCCUGGUCAAACAAUUGUUGAAAUUCCUCAAUAUGAUCUAGAAUGUGGUGAAACUUUAUAUAAUUUCCCAGUAGCUUAUAAAACAUGGGGUAAAUUGAAUGAAAAUGGUGAUAAUGUUUUAGUUAUAUGUCAUGCAUUAAGUGGAUCUUCAGAUGUUGAUGAUUGGUGGGGUGAAUUAUUAGGUGAAAAUAAAGCUUUUGAUCCUACUAAAUAUUUUAUAAUUUGCAUAAAUUUCCUUGGUUCUCCUUAUGGAUCUUGUUCUCCUGUUACUAUUGAUAAAUCUACUGGGAAACCAUAUGGUCCUUCAUUUCCAUUAGUUACUUUUAAAGAUGAUGUUGGAAUUCAAAAAUUGAUUUUGGAUUCAUUGAAUGUUAAACUGUUGGCUGCUGUUAUUGGUGGAUCAAUGGGUGGUAUGUUGGCAUUAGAAUACCUGGCUAUUUAUAAUAAUACUGGAUAUGUUAAAAAAGUUGUUGCAUUAGCCACUGCUGCUAGAACUUCAGCAUGGUGUAUAUCGUGGAACGAAACUCAAAGACAAUGUAUAUUCAGUGAUCCAUAUUAUGAUGAUGGAUAUUAUUAUGAAACUGGAAAUAAACCAACUUCAGGAUUAAGUGCAGCUAGAAUGGCAGCUUUACUUACUUAUCGUUCCAGGAACUCAUUCGAGAAUAGAUUUGGUAGAAAAUUAGGAGUUAGAAAAUCAAGUUCUGCUUCAUUAUCUCCAGAUGGAGAAAAUAGUGGUAGAUCAAGUCCAAGACCAAGAUCAAAACAAGAAGAACAUAGUUUAUUACAUAAUGAUGGGUCAAAAUCAGUAAAAGGUGAUGCGACUCCAGUUAAUGAAAAAUACCCACCAACAUAUUUUUCUGCUCAAUCUUAUAUGCGUUAUAAUGGAUCCAAAUUUAUUGAUAGAUUCGAUGCUAAUUGCUAUAUAUCAAUUAGUCGAAAAUUGGAUACUAAUGAUUUAACUCGUGGAAGAAUAACUAAUUUAGAAGAACAUAUGAAUGGACAUAGCAAUGGUCAUGAUUCAAAAGAUCCUUUGGUUGAAGUUUUGCAAGGUCUUUCUACUCCUACUUUGAUUAUUGGUAUUGAAUCAGAUCAUCUUUUUACAAUCACUGAACAAAGACUUUUAGCUGAUAAUAUUCCAAAUUCGAUAUUUGAAAAAUUGGAUAGUGAAGAAGGUCAUGAUGCAUUCUUGUUGGAAUUUGAAAAAAUAAAUACUUUUAUCACUAGUUUCAUGAGUAAUUAG